CAGGGCUGGGUGAGGGAGAGUCCUGAGGGCUUGGUGAGGGAGAGUCCUCGGGGUUGGGGGAAGGCGAGUCCUCAGGGCUGGGUGAAGGCGAGUCCUCAGGGCUGGGUGAGGGAGAGUCCUGAGGGCUUGGUGAGGGAGAGUCCUCGGGGUUGGGGGAAGGCGAGUCCUCAGGGCUGGGUGAAGGCGAGUCCUCAGGGCUGGGUGAGGGAGAGUCCUGAGGGCUUGGUGAGGGAGAGUCCUCGGGGUUGGGGGAAGGCGAGUCCUCAGGGCUGGGUGAAGGCGAGUCCUCAGGGCUGGGUGAGGGAGAGUCCUCAGGGCUCGGGCUGGGGCUUGGGGAGUCCUCAGGGCUGGGCGAGGGAGAGUCCUCGGGGCUGGGAGAAGGCGAGUCCUCGGGGCUGGGAGAAGGCGAGUCCUCGGGGCUGGGAGAAGGCGAGUCCUCGG